UCUCACCAACCCCAAUGCUCACUCACUUACAUAAACAGCAGUGUUGCUUUUUUAUAUAAAACAGACGAGGAGACACCGAGAGAGAGAGAGAUUGUGAGAAAAGAUGGCGUUGGCUCUUCGUAGACUCUCCACUUCCGUUAAGAAACCGAUCUCGCGUCUUUCCUCUAAUGGCGAUUCUCUCCGUUUCAUGUCUUCUUUAUCAGCCUCAGCUAUGGCGGAUUCCGAGAAAUCUCGUUCCAGUUGGAUUAAGCAACUCAACGCAUCUCUAGACGAAAUCGAUCCCGAAGUCGCUGAUAUUAUCGAAUUAGAGAAGGCUAGGCAGUGGAAGGGAUUUGAACUAAUACCAUCUGAGAACUUCACUUCUCUUUCGGUGAUGCAAGCGGUUGGUUCUGUUAUGACUAACAAGUAUAGUGAAGGUUAUCCUGGAGCUAGAUACUAUGGAGGGAAUGAGUACAUUGACAUGGCUGAAUCAUUAUGUCAAAGACGCGCAUUAGAAGCUUUUCAGUUAGAUCCUUCGAAAUGGGGAGUCAAUGUGCAGUCUCUAUCAGGAUCACCAGCUAACUUCCAAGUUUAUACCGCACUGUUGAAACCUCAUGAGAGAAUCAUGGCACUUGACUUACCUCAUGGUGGACAUCUUUCUCAUGGUUAUCAGACUGACACGAAGAAAAUAUCGGCUGUAUCCAUCUUUUUUGAGACAAUGCCAUAUAGAUUGGAUGAGAACACCGGUUACAUUGAUUAUGAUCAGCUAGAAAAAAGUGCCGUGCUUUUCAGACCGAAACUUAUUGUUGCGGGUGCAAGUGCGUAUGCUCGUCUAUAUGACUAUGCACGCAUUCGUAAGGUUUGUGACAAGCAAAAGGCAGUUAUGUUGGCUGAUAUGGCUCAUAUUAGUGGGUUGGUUGCUGCUGGCGUUAUUCCUUCUCCUUUUGAGUAUGCAGAUGUUGUUACUACUACAACUCACAAAUCGCUUCGCGGUCCCAGAGGGGCUAUGAUAUUCUUUAGGAAGGGGUUAAAAGAGAUUAACAAACAAGGGAAAGAGGUUAUGUAUGACUAUGAAGACAGAAUAAACCAAGCUGUAUUUCCUGGACUGCAAGGUGGUCCACAUAAUCACACAAUAACGGGUCUAGCAGUUGCUCUGAAGCAGUAUAAGGCCUACCAGGAUCAAGUUCUCCGUAAUUGCUCAAAGUUUGCUGAGACUUUGCUAGCAAAAGGAUAUGAUUUAGUGU